UUACACGCAUCGUCGAUCAUUCGGCUUAAAUUUCGGAAAAUAUUGCACGCGUGGAUAGAUAAAGAUUCUGAAUUGAUAUUGAUCUAACUCAGGGCACUGUAGCCUUGGAAAACUUGUCUCGCACAUUCAAUUGCUUUCGACUAAAUCGGCAUUUCUGUUCAUCAGCCGCACUCUAGAUUACUCUCCGCUGCCCAGGGUACCGAUGAUUGUUAUUAGGUUACUUUGAGCUCGCACAAGCUGUCACAGUUCCCGAUCGUUUUUUUCUGUUGACAGAUUUUGUUUCUGCGAAGCUGUCAGGAGCCAUGGCAGUGCAGAUGGUUGCGGGCUAUGGUUGGGUGCUUGUCUCGCUCCUCGCUAAUAUUUUCCUGAUGAUGUGGAUGGCCGGCCAGGUUGGAAAGGCUCGCAAGAAAUACAAAGUGUACUACCCAAUCAUGUACGCCUUGGAGAGUGAGAACAAGGACGCCAAAGUGUUUAACUGUGUGCAGAGAGGUCAUCAGAACAGCCUGGAAUUCAUGCCCACCUUCAUGGUAAUGCUUCUCCUUGGCGGUUUACAGUAUCCUAUUGUUGCGGCAAUAUUUGGAGCUGUCUACACCGUGGCAAGGCUCCAAUACUUUAGAGGCUAUUCUACUGGUACAGCGUCCGCGAGGUAUAGCAGUGGAGGAGGAUUCCAUUGGCUUGCUCUCAUCGGGCUCCUCGUUUGCAACGCUGCUCUCAUUCUGCACCAGUUUUUCCCAGAUUAUGUUUAAUGUUUCAUGCCUCCAUUGCUUGUCGAAGUGAAAAGCAACGGUACUCUCUUUGCAAUUUGGUCACUUCUCAAUAAAGAGGAUUUCCUUUUUGCUUCA